AUGGGUACAGCAAAGCAAAGUCAAAAUAGAAAGAAGUUUACUAGGGAGUAUAAGGUUAAAGAGAUUCAGAGGAGUAUUACGAAGAAGACCAGGCUAAGGAAGGAAUAUCUCAAAGCUCUAAAGGAUGAAGGGUACACAGUACCAGAAAGGGAGACCAGAACUGGGGCAAAAGAAUCUGUCAGAAAGAUGAAGGAAGCUAGGGCAAUAGAGGGAAAGAAAAAAAUUGACGAGAAGAAGGAGAUUAAGAAACAAAGAAAAAAAAUGCUAAGGGAUGAAAUAUACAAGCAAAGAAGUGAACAAUUGGAGAAAAUUAGAGUGUCGAAAGAGAAAUUUCAAAUGAGGGAAGAGAGGAAAAAGAAAUUGACCCAAAGAACACGGACGGGCCAACCUUUGAUGGGUCCAAAGAUAGAGGACCUUCUGGAUAAAAUCAAGACUGAUGAUACUUAUACUUCCUGA